CCUUACCUUUCUCCUCGUUUCACUCUUCCCCAAUGAUAUUACCCUUUCCACACGCAACCUCAAAACAAACCCUUUUUCUUAUUCCUCAAGCAAUCUUGGAAACCAGUCACAGUAUUUUCCCAUCACACCACGGUCUUCAAAAUGUCUAUAUCCACGACCGAAGCAAAUAAUUUCACACCAGUCCACACCCUUGUAUCCACGCCGGUCACCAUAGUUUUGACCGGUGGUCUUAUCGUCAUCGUUCUCACCGGUUUCUUCUCCUUCUUCUACUGUGGAUCGUUUCUCCAAAAACUCUUAACCACUUGGAACCACCAUCGAAACCGUAACCGUCCCAGUAACCUCGUAGAACCUUCUACUCCACCUGAAAACACCGGACUCAACUCCAAGAUCAUCCAAUCUUUCCCUGAGUUUCCUUACUCGGUGAAAGAUCGUGGGAUGGACCAAUGUUCCAUUUGUCUACUAGACUUUAUGGAUGAUGAUACCAUGAGGCUCAUUUCGACUUGUAACCACUUCUUUCACACGAUCUGCAUUGAUCUUUGGUUUGAAUCACACAAGACCUGCCCCGUUUGCCGACGUGAACUUGAUGUAGACCAGCUAGAAAAGCCACCCAAUAAUGUUCCUGAAAUCGACGUGGUCAGAUCUGAAAGCCAUGAGGAGCCUUUGUCCUCCCGCGAUACGUUGACAAUCAUCGUCCACGAGGAGCAUCCUACGGCUACUGCCAUUGGUAGUUUAGAUCAAACAGACGAAAUCGAAAGCUACGAAAGAAGAAUGAAAGAAUCGAAUUUGCGGUUUUGGAGGUCACAUUCUACUGGACAUUCUAUUGUUGUUAAGACCGAAAACGACCAAGAAGCAGCAGAAGAAGGAGAAAAAGAAGAGUUUAAGAUACAUAUUGAGAUAUCUGGAGAAUGUCAAUUUGAAGAUCACAAGAGGACAUUACCAAACAGGAAUAUGUAUUGCGUUAGGGGAACUUACUCAGUUGGAUAA